CCUACUCAACGGGAGUUCACGUGACAAUUUCAAAAUGACAUUUAUUAAUUUUAUACUCUCAAAUUUUGAAUUUUUAUUAUUUUUGAAAAUAGAAAUAAUAAUAACCUGAAUUAUAAAUAAAUAAUGUCCGAUAUUUGGACAUUUCAUCCGCUAUCAGAAGAUGAAGUUCUUAAAUGCAUCGCGUUAGCUCCGCGGCCGAACGACAACAAUAAAUGGUUCAGAAGAUUUGGACACAAACUUAUCGCACCGUGCUGUAAUGAUGAAAAUAUUUUAUCUCCAAAAACUAACGACCGUGUAGAAAAAAAAUCAAAGACUCCCGACCCUGAGGACUGUCCGCUUGAAAUAGAAAAAAAUAAAAUCGACUCUAACGAAAAACAUUUCGAGGAUUUUCUCGAAGCCGUAGAAAACGAUCCGAUUUUACAAUUCAAUAGUUUAGUGGAAGAAUGCUUGAAAGAUAAUGUCUUGUUAACGAAACUGGCACAAAAAUUAACAACAUUUUCAGUUGAGAAAAUAUGUAAGCAUAUUUAUGAAAAUGAAAAUAUUAAUUCUGCAUUCCUAGAAAUAUUUCAUAAAUAUUUUGUACCUGCUUAUUUGAAACGCGAGCACAGUUGUAUUUCAUUAGACAUACUCGUCAGAGCUCAUGCCAAAUAUCCUGUAUUGUUUAAAACACUACUCUGCACCAUUCUAAAGGAUCCAGAGAUACCAAAUUUAUUUUUUCAAGACUUUAUUUCGUCCAUAGACGAAACAGAACAAACAAAAUUAUUGUUGGACAUUUCAAAUUUUGAAUUAAGAACAGAGGAGUUUAUAAACAAUAUUUUCAGUAUAUACACAGCAUAUAAAAACUCUGAAAAGACAGAUAGAAUACAAACAUUUAUUUUGGAUCAUAUCUUGCAAUGCGGCCAUAUUUGUUCUAAUGAUAAGCAUUUUGGUAGAUUGUUGUUGGCUUUUCUACAAGCAGAGAAACAUUUAAAUAUAUGUCAGAACUAUGGUAAUAUAGAGAGAAUAAUAGAAAUACAUAAAUCACCCUUCCGAAGACCUUGUUGGAAUAUUUUUAAAGAAUUAAACAAGAACAAUGCUUUGUAAUGGCUGAAGCUUUGAAUUUAUAUCAUUAUGAGAUUUGGGUAUAUUUUUAAAUAAGCAAGAAAUAUUUAAAAUUAUUUAUUUUUUU